AAAGACUGCUUCUACAACAUUUGUGAAAGACUGUGCAAUAAGUCCAUCCGUGAAAUUUCCUUGCUACUAAAUUUUCCAUGGUCAACUAUUAGUGGUAUUAUAACAAAGUGGAAGCAACUUGGAACAACAGCAACUCAGCCACAAAGUAGUAGGCCACGUAAAAUGACAGAGCAGGGUCAGCGCACAGUGUACAGAAGUUGCCAGCUGUCUGCAGAGUCAAUAUCUAAAGACCUCCAAAUUUCGUAUGGCCUUCAGAUUAGCACAACAGUGUGUAGAGUGCUUCAUGGAAUGGGUUUCCAUGGGGUCAGC